AUGUCAGAUCCGGCGGGGUACACUGUGGGCUGGAUUUGCGCCUUACCCGUAGAAUACACUGCCGCACAAGAGUUCCUCGAUGAAGAGCACGGCAACCCGAGCUUUGUGUCGCCAAACGAUGCCAACGACUACAUGUUAGGCAGGAUGGGCGAACACAACGUUGUUAUCGCCGUCUUGCCCGAUGGUGAAUAUGGAACAGCUUCCGCGGCUAGUGUAGCGACGAACAUGCUCGCCAGUUUUCCUAACAUCAGGAUCGGCCUUAUGGUCGGGAUUGGCGGGGGUGUACCAAGCGCGAGCCAUGAUAUUCGUUUGGGCGACGUUGUGGUCAGUGCGCCUCGCGGUGGUGAGAGUGGUCUCGAGGAGGCUAUCAACUACAUUUUGGAAGAAAAGAACAGGAGAAUACGUCGGAAGUACAAACGGUUAGAGCCAAUCACUAAUAGACUGUUUCUUCCCGACGUUAUCCAUCACCAAGCAGGCUGCGCUGUCUGUGCGGCUGAUCCUUCGACGUUAAUACUACGAAAUGAGCGAGUUGACGAUGAAGAUAAUCCUGCUAUUCACUAUGGCCUGAUUGCUUCUGGUAAUCAGUUGAUGAAGGAUGCUUUGAUUCGAGAUCGGCUUGCUGUGGAAAAAGACGUUCUUUGUUUCGAAAUGGAAGCCGCGGGGCUGAUGAACACUUUCCCUGGAUAG